UGAGGAAGCCAGCAGCAAUACUGAAAAUGUGCAACGGAAGAAGCAGAGUCACUAUGACAGAAGACAUGUCGGCCAAAGGGGAGACAAGCUCAACCUCCGUAGAGGUCAAUACAGCUCUACUGAAAUCCAUUAAAGGAGGCCUGAAGAUUGCUGAAAUUGUGGUUGUUUUUGUGGCUUUCCUGUGCUAUGCAGUGGCCUCCAGGCCUCCCUACAUUGCUGCCACUCUUAUGGAGCUCCUGAUCACCACAGGCUUUCUGCUGCUCUAUCUCUUCAAACUCAACAAAACCAUCACAUUCUUCUUCUGGCCUCUCAUUGAUGUGUUGAACUCAGUCUUUGCAUCGGUGUUCAUGUUCAUUCUUAGUGUGGUGGCUCUCUCCACGGACACACUCACAGCCACUGUGGCCGGAGCGAUUGUGGGGUUCAUUUGUGCAAUUCUAUGGGGAGUUGAUGGUUUCCUACUGUUUAAGAAAAUCACCUUCAAUCAAAGGAGAACCUAACGGACACAGAUGUAUUUCACAUUGUGGACUGAGGCUGUCACAUGUGUGAAUGUGAUGCAACAUCAUUUAUUCAGAGACAUUGUUGUCCAUGCCUCAACUCUGGUGUAUUUUUUCCUGGAUGAUAGGAUCAAUAUCAUCAUUCUGUAAUGGGAGUUGUCACUUGCAUUUUAAUGUUCAAAGCAUUAUUCCAAAAGACAGGUAAAUAGUCCUACCUCAAUUUGGACAUGGGCCGUUUUAAAAAGGUGUACUUACAAAUGUGUGCAUUUUAUCCACUUGUAGCCUAAUUGAGGACCCAGUACUGAUCUGCUAGUAGACUGCUGACUGCCCUAUAGUCUGAAGGCUUCCAUGUCCACCAUGCAUUGUUUAAUUAAAGG